AACCAAUCCAAUCCCCGCCCUCGCAAGCCAGCUCCAAGAGUUGCCCUGGAACGAACGGGCGCCCCCUUAUUUCGCUGCUUGCGGCUGUGAGCCCCAAACCCGGGCGAGGUUGGGAGGAACAAGAUAUGACAACAUCAAUAUGACAACAGGGACAGAGAGCAUCCCGAGUUGUUAUGUUCCCUGCUCAUCCCCCCCGGGCGGCUAAGUUGGUUCUUGGAAUGCGGCACAGUGACACUGUCUCGUCUUGUCUUGUCUUGCCCUGUUUUUCUGUUAACAGUGUGCGCAGGUACAGGUACGCCUUGCCUUACAAAUUCGACAUGGCAUGCUGGCAUCCACAGCGCCGCUCCACAGACACUGCCGGAUCAUGAUUCUCUACCACCUUUUUUUUUUUAUUUUUUGGGAUCUUGACCAUGGCCCGCCGACGUUGAACAGGAAUCUCCGCCCUUUGAGUGACGAUUUGUUGGCAGGUGCAUGGGAGGAACACAGGGGAUUCAUCUCAGCACGGCUGUGCCGCAGAUUUAUAACCAGCAAUCCCCAAACAACCAUCUUCGAGAGGGUCAUCUUAUUGCUCCCCCACCUGCUGCGGCGUCAAUUAGCCGGCGGACUGGCUGCAUCUAAUUCUGGUCAUCUGAAUUUUCCGGCGCCGGAAGAUCGACUCCUUUGUCCUCGCCGGACUGCUUCUUCGUGCCAUGAUAGGUCCAUCGGGGGUCUCGGAAGAGCCGUUCUGCAACGUACCAAGCCUCUGCUCUACCAUCCUUUAUUAGUUAUAUCAGUCAUUCCGGUCCAGAUUUUUGGGACCAUGCUAUGCUCCACCGGAGACCCGUUUUACUGACAAUGCGUUUGUUCCAUUCACUUAUCACAGCCACACGAUGCCCUGGGUAGGAACUAUAUCAGCCUGUUUCAUAGCCGCGCCUGGAUAGCCAAUACCGUCCAAUAACGGGAUUCCCAUGAACCGCUUGAUAUCGAUUCUACAUGGAAUUCUGUGGAUUACCAAAGGUAUGAUAGAUGUCAAAUUUGCAGGGCCCUCCAAUGACCGUCUGCUAUCCACCUUGAGGCUAAAAAGAAAAUAUGUCAUCCCACGCUCCAUCUUCUAGCCAAAGUAUGACUCCCUUCCGUCACAUUUGCGGUGCAAUUAGACUACUACUGCUACUACGCAAAAUUUCAUGGUUGUUCGUGAUCAGGCACGGCCUGGGGCAAAGGUUGGAAUCAGCCCACCCCACACCAGGUGGCGACUAUCACAGGGUGUCUUUCUACUUCAAUGAAUCAUCUACCCACUGUCCUUAUUUGUUACCAUGCAUUUGUGAUGAGGGCAUAUUUUGACAAACAGGAUUUCAAAAAGGGGCCCAAAGGGGGCUUAUCAUUUUGCUGCGCUCCGAGCUCCUGAGCGAGCGGACCAUUUCAUUUCGCCGUUAAAUCCCGGAAAAGGCUCGUCGUGAUUACAAUCAGCAGAUCCGCAGAUUGCACACGACCACAACUUGCCAGGGGAACAACAAGACUAUUAAGAGUUCGGUGCCGAACAAGUAUCGCUUCUAGAUUGAAAACUACAUUUGGAUGACCUAUGAAAUGCCUCCACAUGGAACCGCAACCGUAGACAUGCGCGGACCAACGAAGCCCCCCACCUAUCCAGAUGGGACUUCUGCAGUAAUUUAUUUCUUGCUCCCUCAGGCAAACUGCUGACUGUCAUUUAGUCGACGUUCGAGCUUAUCUCUGCAGAAAAAUCCGACAGCUACGUGGAGAUUUCAUGCAAAAGCCACGAGCGGUAGGUAGGCCGGUAGCAAAGCACAUACAUCCGGACCAGCCACUACUGUAACAUGUAUGUAUUUCUUAGCUGUGAUUAGAAACCCGUUCGCUCUGUCUCCCAUGUGUAGGGCCACGCAAAUCGGACCCUUUCUACAUAUAUGUAUGUACAUGUACUUCCGCACUAGGAGCUAGGUCUAAAUUUUAAAUUGAGUCCUCAUGUUUGAAAUAGAACUUCGACACUGUUAGUACGAGCGCAA